ACAAAAGAAAGUAAUCACUAAUCAUAACAGCACCACCAAAUCUUCUACUUUAGUUGGGUGAUUAAGCUAAUUUUACCACAUGGGCCCCACCCCUCUCCUUACUUUUGCAAAUGCUUUCUCCUCUUUGGUGGGCCCACAAUCUCCCCUGCCUCCAAAUUCCAAAUGUCCCACUCACUAUUUAUCAUCUUCUUCGACAAGGCAAAGAGAGUGAUAAAAAGCUAUCUAAUACCUUUCUCCUCUCACUCAUCACAGAGGCAAGAACAACUUAGAGAGAGAAAGAAAGAGGGGGGGAGAGAGAGAGGUCUGUAAUGGGAAAUUACAAGUUUAGAUUAUCAGAUAUGAUGCCCAAUGCCUGGUUCUACAAGCUCAAAGACAUGGGCAAACCCAGAAACCAAAAUUCCGCUCACCAAAAGAAGAAGAAAAAACAAACUACAUUGCCUUCCUCUAAUUCCCCUUCUUCUUCCUCUUAUGUCUCUUCUCAUUCUUCUUUUUCAACGACAACAACAACCUUGUCGUCUAAGCCAAACCAGACCCACCACCACCACCAACACCGUCCCAGAAAAUCCUACUACUUCACAAGAGAGCUUAAUUCCCACACAAACGACACAAAAUCCCCAGAAAACCAUAACAAUUUUCCCGAGCAACCGAGAAAAUCACCCAAACAGAGACCCACCGCCAGAAAAAGAAGACCCGCCAAACCCUCAUCCCACAAGCUCCUCAGGAACAACUGCAAAACGACGCUCGACGAUGUCUGGACGACGACGGCGAACAAGCCCGAGUCCUCGCCUGAAUUCUCGUCGUCGCCAGAGAGAGAAUACCCCGUCGCCGUCACCGGCGCCGACGCCGACGAUCCUGAAUUCCGAUGCGACAGAAUUCUCGCCACGCAGGCGUGUGGCUGCCGAGAAAACUGCGAGGAAAAUGACAUUGUAAUCGACGUCGACAAGGCUUCUCUCUCCAAAAGACCCGAUUUCGCAGACGGGUUCGACUCCUUUUCCGUCGUUGAACUUCCUCCGAUCAUAACAAAGCCCUCAAAGCUCAAAAAGAAGAAACUAGAAAGUUCGAUUUCACAGAAAGCUAGUCCUCCUGUUAGGAAACUGUCUUCGAAUGCUCCGGGAAUUCGGCUUCGGAUGAACUCUCCGAGGAUAAUUUCUAGCAAAAGGGUCGUUAGCAGCCAUGGAAGGAGAAGCUUGUCGUCGUUUUCUUCGAGCUCGGAGAAGAGAAGAAGCCUCUCGGAGAGCUUCGCUAUAGUAAAGUCGUCGUUUGAUCCGCAAAGAGACUUCAGAGAAUCAAUGGUCGAAAUGAUCGUGGAGAACAACAUCAGAGCUUCGAAAGACUUGGAAGACCUUCUCGCUUGUUAUCUUUCUCUUAACUCUGAUGAGUAUCAUGAUUUGAUCAUCAACGUCUUUAAGCAAAUCUGGUUCGACCUCACUGAUAUAUCCUCCAAGUAA